GGGGGGGGAAAGAGCGGGGCCAACUUGUCCCGGAUCCCUUUAUUCAUCGCCGGAGCCGCCGUCUCCCAGCCCCCGCGUGUUUUGCUGAUUAAAGAGACGGACCUUGGUCCUGCCACCGCCGCCGCCGGGUGGCCGCCCGGCCGCCCCGCUCCUUCCUGCCCGCACCAUGGAGUUCACCCAGAGGAAGAGAAGCAGGAAAUCCCAAAGCUUUAAACUGAUCAACGAAGAUUACCAUCAUGAGAUAUAUAAGAUCUCUGACUACAGCAAUGAUGUUAAUGGGGAGACCAAAGAAACACAACCAGUUUUUUUAGGAGAUGAAAGCCGGGAAAUUAAAAAACAAAUUACAGGGAUGAGAAGAUUACUGAAUGACAGCACUGGAAGAAUCUAUCAACGAGUUGGCAAAGAAGGAGAAAAACUGAAGGAGGAGCCCCAAGACUUAGACUUAGCCUGGGCCCAGCGCCUGAAUCCCCCUGCAGAGUCCCAGACGAGCCUUCAUCCUUCACAGAGCGGCACCUGGAAUGAAUUAUCACCCCAAGCUAGCCAUUUUUCAGGGCAAUAUGGAACUCGAUCCAAAACGUUCCAAAAUCAAACGCGAACCGUGGCAUCCAAUGGAGAAAUCCCAAUGCUGAAUUCAUCAGUCGGACCAAACUGCUGUACAUGUAAUUGCCAGUCAACCCUACAGGCUAUUCUUCAAGAGCUCAAGACCAUGCGAAAAUUGAUGCAGAUUCAAGCAGUUGGGACUCAAAACAGACAGCAGCCUCCGGUUCCUCUGAUUUGCACGCAAAAGUCAACAAUAUCAAGAAAGAGAAAUAAAAAGAAAAAACUGCCCCUCAAAACUGUUGAACCAGUUACCGUGAAUAAGAAACCCAACACUGCAGAGAGCGAAAAGAAGCUAUCAGCAAACUCGGAACGAUUGAAUCUGCAAGCAGUUGAACCCCCCGUAAAACCAGAAACCCCUGUUUCAGGAUUUGGAAUUAUCCUUGAAUCAGCUUCAUCAGAUCCAGAAGUGCAACUUGCAGAAGGCUUUGACGUCUUCAUGCCGAAAUCUCAGCUGGACUCUAUAUUAUCAAACUAUACUCGCUCAGGAAGUCUGCUCUUUAGGAAGCUGGUCUGUGCAUUUUUUGAUGACAAGACUUUGGCUAACUCUUUACCAAACGGCAAAAGGAAAAGAGGGCUCAAUGACAACCGGAAAGGACUAGACCAAAAUAUUGUGGGUGCAAUAAAAGUCUUUACAGAAAAAUACUGCACUGCUAACCAUGUGGAUAAACUUCCUGGUCCUAGGGACUGGGUCCAGAUUCUUCAGGAUCAAAUUAAACUUGCAAGAAGACGAUUAAAAAGAGGCUCAGCAGAGGCAACUGACUGUGAUGAGAAGCCGGACAUUUCUCUACUACAAACAGGCGUUUUCAGAUCACGGCCUAAAGCUGACACUUCAUUUGAGACAUCUCAGUCAGAAGUGUGGAUGCUCUCAGCUCCCUUCAUUGAUGGUGGGAAGAGGGCUGCUUCCAGAGAGAAGGUCAGACCAGCCAAGGUAACCUUUUUGACACCACGACAGAUCAUCUGAUGGACGCAAACCCAGAUUUUUCAGCUUGAAUUUCACCACCUGCAUCAGUGUUCUUGGCAGAUAGAAACAUCCACCUCUUUGAAUAAUGUUCCCACAAGAUCGGCACGAGAACUUCAGCGUAUCGGCAAGAUACGGACAUCCAUACCAUUUUCCCUUCGAGUUUGUGUUGUUUCAUGCAUUUUCCAUGUAACCUCAAAUAACGAAACUGCCAGAUUGCUUCACGAUGAUUUCUCUCCGUCUCCAAUGCGUUAUUUAAUUAGCGGGGUAUCCACUCUGAAGACAGUCUCUUGCCUUUGUUUUUUCUCCACGAUUGUGUUUUUCCAUGUGAUCGUAUGCUUGCCAGCAGUGUUUCAUCUUAAGCCACGCAGAGGUGAAUACACAGAGUCGGGUGGCUCUUCCCGUCCCCGGGGACCAGGGUGGCUUCUCUCUCCAUCAGGAACCCCGGGGGCCCGAUGAGCAUUUGACUCAACGAAGCUCUUUGCUUCUGCAGACCCACUUCUCCAUUCCUGGCUGCUGUGGUACCAGUCGUACGUAGCUAUGAUUAAAAAGUCCUUGCUGGAUUUAGCAGGAAAUAAAGCAGGAUUCCUCCCAGCAGUGCCUGGUUUCUUAAUUAUAGCAAGGAGAAGCUAUUCCUCAAAAAAUUUUCCCUAUGUGGUCCUAGCGGGAUGGCUCUUGAGCAUCUUUGUAGUGCACAUCACUGGAGGUGGUCAUUCUCGCCUCACUUUCCCCCCCCCCAACUUGCCCUACCACCUCCAUCUCAAAACGGAUUAGUUUGCCGAUUUCCAGGAAGAGGGUCUCCACACUGUGAUUUUUCAACCACUGCCCUUGGCAACAAUAUUCACCUAUUUUUUAAAAAAAAGUCACCUUCUGACUGGCACUCUAUUGAUAUCUCAGCAGUUAAUUUGAGUGAAUUGAUCAAGAAAUUGCACUACCUUCUUAGACACUGAAAGGGUCAGUCCUUUCAGGUCAGGGCUAAGGUAAAAUCGUAUGUGGCCCUCCAUGCAAACCUUUACUUCUGCACCUUUCAUCAGCACUAAAUUCACUUUAAAAAUGUCGGGAAAAAGUCUAGAAGGUUUUACCCGCAACAUCUAUCGAUCAUCGGGCGGUUUGAGCGUGUUUCCUGCAACUGGAGGGAGAGCUCGCUGGAGCCUUUACCAUUGCAUUUCCUUUCCCUGUGUGUAUUUUAGGUGCAUCUUUUUUUGUUUUGGAAACUAUUUGGCCUUUGAGUGUCUCAACAGAAGUGCUAUUACAUAGUGGGAUGGUUUUCAAAAUACUUAAUCUCUUUUUUUUUUUAACAAUCCUAAAGCCUGUUCUCUCAGACGGCGCUGAAUGCCCACAAAUAAGGCUGAAGCCAACGGGGAGCGGUUUGUUCUCUCGGCACCUGAGAAACCAGGCUCCCAGCCCUUCCCCACCCACCUACCGUGGACUUUUAGGAAUGACCGUGUUCUCUCUGAAACUGUGGAAUAGAUCGAAUGUGCACUGCAAACCUUAAAAUUUGAGUCUUUCCUUCCUUCGUGGCUUGGAGUUGCCUGCAUUGGGCAGGGGGCACCGGUCCGUCGUGUCCGUGUCGUAACCCUUCAGCAACGGAAUCAGCGUUUUGUAAAUUUGGAAGAUUGCAUUUGUGUUUACUUACU